CGGAGUAUAAAAUUUGUGUUUCUAAAUUAAAGUUAAACCAUUUAAGUGUUUUUAUUCUGCGAUAUUGGGCGUUGAGUCUAAAAAGUGGCAAUGGAUUACUCAACCAUCAGCAACAAAACGGGUUGCACAGAUCUCGUAGACAUAACCAACGGUGACUUGACUGAGAAGUACUACUCCCUCAAAAAGCAGUUUGACAACUUAUCCAGCAAUUACGAUGUUACAAAACAGGAGUUACACGAAGCCACACGCAAUUAUAACACAGCUUUAGACGUGCAGAGGUACUUAUCGGCAGAACUGGAGUCGCUACAGGCUGAAGAGGCACGAAGAAAGAAUGAGGUGAAUACUAAAGUAACUAAGCUUCAGGAGGACAUUUCAGCGUUGCGUGAGGAACAUACGGAGCUUAUUGAGAGUCAUGCUAAGGAGGUGAAGAAGUUUGAAGACGAAAUUCGUCGUUUGAAAGAGGAGAAUGCGUUUAAGGAAGACAGGCAGUCUCCAGAGAGGGAUACAGGGGAGUUGGAUGAGGCGCGGGCCGCUUUGUCGGCGGCGCUACAGGAGGCCGCGGCGGCGAAGGCCGCGCUAGAAGAGACAAAGGCUGAGAUAGUGUCCUGGAGGAUGAGGUCUGAAGAGUUAGUCGCAGAAAUGGGUCAGAUGCGUGAAGCUGCUGAACUAAGGCGAGAAGAGCUCCGUGCCGCAGCUGAGCGGGAGGCGGGUGCGCUCGCUGACCUUGCAGAGGCGCGGGCCAUGUUGCAUCAGCCUGAUGAAGGACCUGAGCAUGCUGCAAAAGGGAACUCCAUUUUUGCUGAAGUGGAGGACAAAAGACAAGAGAUGGCCAAGAAUCUCAUACAAAUGAAGCAGACUAACGCUAGACUUAGAAGAGACUUAGCCAACAAGCAAGCAGAGGUUGAAGCAUUGCUACAUGAAAAGCAGACUAUCUGGGAACAACAAGCUGGAGUUGCCGCUCACUAUGAUAGCGAGCUUCUUGAAAGUUACUCGGAACGCAUAACGCAGCUAGAAGACUUAUGCGAGCGCCAACGUCGAGAGUUAUGUCGCUGGUUCAAGUCUCUGCGUGAAGCCUCGCCUCCCGCGCGCCCCGAGCCAGGCUGGCUGCCUGCUGUGCUCGACCAUCUCAAAACGGAAUGCGACCGCCUCCGCGCCGAAGUGCUGUCUCUCGGCGCCGGCCAGCUCGCCAGCGCCGCCCAGGUGCGCGACCUGCGCAGGAAGAUCGCCCUUCUGUCCGCUUCCGGCGCCAACCUCGCCAGGCCGUCCCCCGAGGCGGCUGACGGCGGCGAUAAGGGCGACGUUCCCGUGUACAAGACCGUGCAGGUGAAGAGAAUGGUGCCAGAUGAUGUUAGGAAGAAAGUAUCCUUCAAUUGAGGUUAGAAUUAUGUUUUGGGGUGAGUUAUGACAGAGGCGAGUUGUAACGACUUCCAUUAACUUUCAGUUCGUAAUAUCUUAUUGACUCCAAUGAACGUCUUACAUAUGAGUAUGACAUGUUCCAUAAAAUCUCAGGAGACAUAAAUAACCGUGGUAUGCAAUGUAUUUUCAAACAGAUUGAUGAAGCAAUUCAUGACAUUAGAAACAGAGAUCUAGAUUACGAGAAUCGAAGUGAAAAUGAAUCUAAUUCUAUUGACAAUUCGGUCUCUGAAACGGAGGAACAACAGUUUUUUCGUACCUAAUACCUAC